AUGAAUGGUAGCAUGGUCAUUGAUACCCCAAUUAAUGGUUCAGUGACUACUUCGUUGGUGUGUGUGAAUUGUCCUUUGACAAUUCGCGGUAGAGAUUUUGGGAUUGACUUAGUCUAUUUGCCUCUAAAUCAACUCGAUGUUAUUCUGGGAAUGGAUUGGUUGGAGUUUAACCAUGUGCAUAUCAUUUUCUUUGAUAAAUCGGUGAAGUUUCUUGAAUCUGAGGAGAGUAUGGAGUCGAGUUUCAUGACUGCGAGACAGGUAGGGAUGUCCUUGAUAGAGGGUGUUCAAGUGUUCGUGGUGUUCACAUCCUUGAGAGGGGAAAGCGAAAGAAUGAUUGUUGAUCUACCUAUUAUGUGUGAGUUUCCUGAAGUUUUCCUAGAUGAAAUUAGUGAGUUAUCGUCGGAGCGUGAAGUUGAGUUCGCCAUAGACGUAAUACCUGGGACUAGUCUUGUGUCGGUGGCUCCUUACAAGAUAUUUGCUUUAGAACUGAAUGGUGAAGAGAGAUUUCAGGAACUUAAGAGGAAGUUGACAUCUGCUUCAGUUUUGAUUUAG